AUGGAGCGACGGUAUUUACGACCCGAUGAACGUUAUCCAGUCCCACUGAAUGAAAGUUUCUGGAUAAAUAUCGUAUGCACCAAUAACGUAGGACGAAGUGCUGGAAUUGCGCAUGAGACGGAUCAGAUGUAUGCGUCUAAUGUUGUCGCUGAGGUUGAGAGAACUCUCCGAGAAAACAAAGAAAAUAUCGACAGUGCUAUAAUGAGACAGAUAGCACCCUCAGCGGUAAAUGUUACGGGCAUUCAAUACGAAAAUUUGAUAAGCUUGAGUUUCGACCACGAUGAAUUAAUAAGACAGGAAGAAAGCAGACGAAGACGAAUGCGUGAAAGGACCAUCAAUACUAUACUGAGGAAAGAAUGA